AUGGCAUACUACUCUACAAGGCUGAAGACCAGACAAACUUACUCUUGGGUUGGCAGGCCACUGUUUGAUCAGAAACUGCAAUAUCAAACUUACAAAAAAAUUAGCAUAAAAAUGGAAGGUUGUUCAUCUGAGAUUCAUAUCCAAGUUGGACAGUUCGUGUUUAUUGAAGGAAAUGAUGAUGAAAAUCCAUAUGUUGCUAAAUUGGUUGAAUUAUUUGAAGAUGACUAUGAACCUUCUUCCAAGAAACGUGCUCGAGUACAGUGGUUUAUCCGAUUUUGUGAAAUUCCUGUCCAUAAACAAAAAUUGUUGGGCCGGAAGCCUGAUGCACAGGAGAUAUUCUGGUAUGACUGCCCUGCCUGUCCCACCAACAUUAAUGUCGAGACCAUCAUUGGCCCUGUACAGGUAGUCGCUUUAGCCCCAGAUGAGGUGAUGCCUGUGGACCUGAAAAAUGAGAAGACAUUCUUUGUGAAGCUAUCUUGGAACAAGAAGACGUUCAUACCACUAUCCCCAGACUUAUUUGCAGAGUUGGAUAAGCUACAGGAAGGGAGCCCUAGAUGCCAGAAGCUCACGGGGACCAAGAGUAAGGGCAUAGAAAUCCCCUCUUGGAUUGCAAGCCAGCGUGUUGUCAAAAGCAUUGAAUCAAAGCAUUCUGCCUCCAAGUGUCGCCAUACUGCUUCCCAUCCUGUUACUCCUAGGGCAAGGAAGAAGCUAGAACUCAACAGUCUCCUUAGGACACCUAACACUAGGAAUUCCCAGCAGACUUCAGGGACUUCAGGGGAUUCUCCUGGAAGAACUAAACGGAAAGUGACUCUCUCUGAGGUUACCUCACCUUCUAAGAGGCCUCAACCAGAUGGACUUCAGAUCUCAUCCUCAGUUAUGAAAGCCCCAGAGAAUACUGGAGAUAUGCGACACUCUUGUACAGAGAAUGACAAGAAGAUUUCACAUGAGUGUCACAUGACCCUGAGAACUAGAGUGCCAGCAUUGAAAAUCCCAGAUAUUAGUGAAAAUAUAACACUUACUCCUGUUGGACAAGGUCGGACAUCUUCAGUGGUACCUUCUGUGAUUCCGAAACCAGAAGACAGAAAAAAGAGGGAGGCUAAAGAACCAGAAACUCAGAAUGAAGCUGUUACCACUCCCCAUCGUGUCCGCAGGAAGAGUUCCCUCUUGACUAUGAACCGGAUUAGGCAACAGCUUAGGUUUUUAGGUAAUAGUAAAAAUGAGCCAGAAGAGAAAGAGUUCCUGCCAACAGCAGAGACUUCAGACUCUGACAGUGAGGAGGAAGAGGCUUCAAUAUCACCCCUUCCUAGAAGAAUAUCCAGAAACCUUCAGUCUUCCACAAAGUCAUCCUUACAGACCCCCUGCAAGACACCAAAGAAAACCCCCAAGCCUCGAACACCACAUGAUGCCACGCCCCAGAUCCGCAACCGAAAGCUGGCUGCCCAAGAGCCUGCCAGUGUGCUAGAGGAGGCCCGACUGAGGCUGCAUGUUUGUGCUGUGCCUGAUUCACUUCCUUGUCGGGAACAGGAAUUCCAAGACAUCUACAACUUUGUGGAAAGCAAACUCCUUGACCAUACUGGAGGAUGCAUGUACAUCUCAGGAGUCCCUGGCACAGGGAAGACUGCCACUGUGCAUGAGGUGAUACGCUGCCUGCAGCAGGCAGCCCACACAAAUGAUGUUCCUCCCUUUCACUACAUUGAGGUCAAUGGCAUGAAGCUGACAGAACCCCACCAAGUCUAUGUGCAAAUCUUGCAGAAGCUGACAGGCCAAAAGGCAACAGCAAACCAUGCGGCAGAACUUUUGGCGAAGAGAUUCUGUACUCGAGGCUCCUCUCAGGAAACCACCAUACUGCUUGUGGAUGAACUUGACCUUCUUUGGACGCAGAAGCAAGAUGUAAUGUACAAUCUCUUUGACUGGCCUACCCACAGGGAGGCCCGGCUUGUGGUCCUAACCAUUGCCAACACCAUGGACCUGCCGGAGCGCAUCAUGAUGAACCGAGUGUCAAGCCGACUGGGCCUAACCAGGAUGUCCUUCCAGCCUUAUACUCACAGCCAGUUGCAGCAGAUUGUACUGUCCCGACUCAGAUACUUAAAGGCCUUUGAGGAUGAUGCCAUACAGUUGGUAUCCAGGAAGGUAGCAGCCCUCUCUGGAGAUGCACGACGCUGCCUGGACAUUUGUCGGCGUGCCACAGAGAUCUGUGAGUUCUCACACCAGAAGCCUGACCGCCCUGGCCUGGUGACUGUGGCCCAUCUACUGGAAGCAGUGGAGGAGAUGUUUUCAUCAUCAUACAUCACUGCCAUCAAAAAUUCUUCUGUUCUGGAACAAAACUUCUUGAGAGCCAUCCUUGCUGAAUUUCGUCGGUCAGGUUUGGAGGAAGCCACAUUUCAACAGGUUUACAGUCAACACGUGGCACUGUGCAGAAUGGAGGGCCUGCCGUACCCCACCAUGUCAGAGACCAUGGCAGUCUGCUCUCGCCUGGGUGCCUGCCGCCUCCUCCUUGUGGAGCCCAGCAGGAAUGACAUGCUACUUCGAGUGCGGCUCAAUGUCAGCCAGGAUGAUGUGCUGUAUGCUCUGAAAGACCAGUGAAGGGCUUCACAGGAAGGAGUGUGAUCUGUGAUCUCCCAGAGCCUGAUUUCAUCACAGUUCAUGGAAUUGUUGUAGCAAAAAAUGU